AUGACUACUGAGGUCAAUAUGCGGGAGAGUGCAUUGCCACGGCAACGCUUCGCCCUUCAGCCGACCGCCUUGAGAGCCUCCCCUGGGAAGCUGGUGGGACGGGGAGACGAGGAGAGACGGGAAGGAGGGGUAGAGAAGCUGACAGAGGAUAUAAAGGAGGAGAAAGAGCAUAAACGACACACUCCUACUAUGCGGAGAAGGUCCCACAUGUGCAAAAUUGGAAAUCAAGAGGAGUGCCAGACUGCCCCAUUUGUCCCUGGUCACAAUUUGGUUGGAGAAGGCUUUGAUGUGGUCAGGAUGCAGCGCACAGGGGCUUAUGUGACAGACAUGCUGACCUUCCUAACUCCAACUAAUUCCUGUACCCUGUGUGAGAACCCCCUGAUGGAAGACCAGCUUCAGAAACUACCUGCUGCUGUGCUAGACUGGCGUGCCUACAGCAAGUGCAGCUUAGCUAUCUCCAGCUCUGCUUUUACUUCUGUUAGCUCUGUGGCAGAGAGUUCCAGCUCAAGUGUUGAGAAUAAGUGGGAGGUGGGUUUGGAUUUGGCAGGCUUCCGCUUACCAAGCAUCCCACCUCUCAAUUCUGAAUUCCUUCGGCAUGCUCAGUCCCUCCCCCAAGAAUACACGGCCAAUACCAUAAUCCAAUAUCGGCAAUUCAUCAACACGUAUGGAACUCACUAUAUCCGCCAAGUACGCCUUGGAGGUAGACUGAAAAGACUGACCUCUAUUCGCUCCUGUUUAGCGACCCUCAGUAAAGUCUCUGUCAGUCAAGUCCAAAACUGUCUCAGUGUAGGGCUGAAAGUGGGCUUUGGAUUUUUAGAUGCUUCUGUAGCAGGUGGUAGUUGCACUAAGGUUUUUAACAACCAGGUCAGUGUUUCAGGGUACAGUUAUAGUUAUAUGCAUCACAUUACUGAGGUUUCUGGUGGGAACGGAUGGCUUGGAGAAGCUUCCAUGACAAGAAACGACUCUGACGGAUUUAACAGCUGGCUGGCUGCCUUAAAAGAAGAACCAGACAUUGUCUCCUACUCCCUUGUCCCUCUACACACAUUGGUGGAAGACAGAAACAUCAGCCAAAACCUUCAGGCUACCAUAACUCGGUACAUUAUAGAGAAGGGCUUAUCAAAGAAUAAAAACCGCCCACACUGUGGAUGGAGUCAACCCAACAUCUCACCAGACUGUUGCCCCUACAAUGUAGGUAGAGGACGUCUUUCUGUGACAGUUAUCAGAGCAUGGGGUCUUAAAGGAGACCCUGUAGGGCGUACAGAGGGCUAUGUGAAACUGUGGUAUGAUGGACAAUAUAAAAGAACCCGCUGGAUCAGAUCAAACAGCCCACAUUGGAACUCAUGGUACGACUUUGGAAAUGUAAACACUAGACAGCGAUUCAAACUGGAGGUCUGGGAUAAAGAUGUGUGGCAUGAUGACAAUCUGGGGGGCUGCUCAAUCUAUCUGAGGGCAGGAAACCACCGACACAGCUGCAGCCUACGAAAGGGUGGUGGUUUUGAAUUCUCUUAUCGGCUACGGUGUGAUUCACGUUUAACUGGGCCUCAGUGCAUGUCCUACUGGUCUCAUCCAUAA